UUUCAGCCGGAGGAAUCCAUUUCACACAAAGACGACCAUCAUCGUCAUCGGUGAUGAUAUAGUCUAAUUGUUCUCAUGGCUUUGUCUCUCGCGAACGUGAUAGGGAAGGAGAUGGAGAGAGGUCUUCAGCCUUCGACUUCAAGGAGAACGGAGAGGAAGAUCAUCGAGAAGAACCGGAGGAAUCGGAUGAAGCAUCUCUUCUCCGUGCUCAACUCCCUCCUCCCCACUCAGCCGUCUGAUCAGGAAGCAAAAUCACUGCCAGACCAGAUAGAUGAAGCCAUAGGAUACAUAAAGGGCCUAGAGACAGCAGUGAAGGAAGCCAAGGUUAAGAAAGAAAACCUAAUGGGCAAGAAGAGACCAAGCUCAAGCACAAGCAGCAACGAGUCAGCGGCCAUAAUAUCACCUCAAAUUGAGAUCAGCGUGAGAGAUUCUUCUUUGGAGGUGAUAUUAAUUAGCGGGCUACAUGAUCAGUUCAUCUUCUCGGAGAUUCUCCGGAUGCUCCACGAGGAAAAGGUCGAGGUACUCAAUGCCAACUUCUCCGUCGUCAGGAACUCGGUUUACCACUUGGUGCAUGCAAAGAUCGGUGAGUCCGGUUUAGGCGCUACAACGAUAUCCGAACGGUUGAAAACAUUCGUGAAUGGACCCACGACCGAUGGAGGUUAUGAAGAGUUUCAUCCAAAGUUAUGGGACUGUGGACUAAGUCCUAACUUGUGGAAUUUCUAAAACCCACAAAUGCAAAUUAAACUACGAAGGCAUCUCGGAGGCAAAUUUCCAGAGCUUCAGCUUCUGUAUUUUGUAAACAUUUGUUGGAAGCUUCGAUGUAAAAGCUAAUGUUUAAUUAUGCUGUAAAAGAGUACUUGAAAUGAAGUGCAAUAAUCUAUAUUUGGAGAUAUAAUGGGGAAGAUAAUCUUUGAUCUCCCCUCUUACCUCAGGCAAAGCUCCAUUAGUUAGACUGUAUGGUUAAGUUCUAUUGGUAAUUAAGAUCAUCCAGGUAUUAACCCUUCCGCUGAACGUACAUUAGAGCUUCACGUCAUAACCAUCUCUUUUUAUUUUUAUAGGUUCUAUGGACCGAUGCCUUCUGGACUCCCCCUUUAAUUUCAUCGAAUGCAAGAAUCAUAUUACUUAUAUUUGCCAAAAA